GGCCUCGGGCGCGGCUGGCCGCGGGGCGGACCCGGCGCCCAGUGGGCCAGUGCCUAGCGGAGAUCUGCGGAACGCCGGGACGUCUAGGACGCGACUCCGGGGAAACUGGCGUUGGAUUUCGGUUAAGUGCUUUAUGUCUUCCCCUGAAAUUGCUUCCCUCUCAUGGGGGCAAAUGAAAGUACAAGGCUCUUCUACAACCUAUAAGGACUGCAAAGUAUGGCCGGGAGGCAGUCGGGCCUGGGACUGGAGAGAAACAGGAACCGAGCAUUCCCCUGGUGUGCAGCCCGCAGACGUGAAGGAAGUCGUGGAGAAGGGCGUUCGGACCCUCGUGAUUGGCCGAGGCAUGAGUGAGGCCCUGAAGGUUCCUCCAUCAACUGUGGAGUACCUCGAGAAACAAGGCAUUGAUGUGCGGGUCCUCCAGACACAGCAGGCAGUGAAGGAAUACAACGCUUUGGUUGCCCAAGGGGUCAGGGUGGGAGGUGUCUUUCAUUCCACCUGCUGAUAGCCUUGAGGGGAGAAGAAAUCAUUCUUGCCAUUCUCCACAGUAGCCUCCCCAACGCAUUUCUGAAUACCUGCUCACACCCAGUGCUGGGCUAGGUUCUUGGGAUGCAUGGAUGACAGGCAAGGUCCCUGUCCUUGGGGGCGCUAAACUUUAGACAAGAUGGAUGUUUUCUAAAGUUUUUAAAUGUGAUGUUGGUGGGGGGGGGGACUAUGAGAAACAUCAGACAAAAAUAAAGCCUGUGCCUUGAA